AUGGAUUCCACGCCGUCACAUGGCCUCAAUGUGGUCAUCCCCCCUCCACAAUCGCAACAAGGUUCUCUCAGCAAUUCCCACGACAUGGAGAAGGGUUGCCGGAGCGUGGAAAAGCCUUCUGGGCCCCCUCAAGGGACUCCUCCGGGGCCUCCAGGAGGAUGGCUCUGUCAGAGGAUGUCGACAUCUCAGGAAAUUCUCUUCAACGUCAUGGUGGCCUUCCUUCAGCUCAUUCCACAGUCGACAUUAACCACCGUCUUUCCUGUUAGCAGAGACAUUGCUAUAUCGUUCAGAAUAGCCAAUCCUUCGGUUCUGCCGUGGCUCGUCGCCGCCUAUGCCUCAUCCUUUGGUACUUUCAUCCUCAUCGGAGGGAGGCUGGGUGAUAUCUUCGGGCACAAAACUAUGGUCUUGGUUGGUUAUACCUGGCUUGCCUCCUGGAGUGUGGUUGCAGGUCUCAGUCACUAUGUUGGCUAUGAAUUGUUCUUUGUUGCGAGAGCCUUUCAAGGCUUAGGAUCCAGCAUGAUGGUACCAAACGGACUCGCACUAUUAGGACGCACAUAUCCACCUGGAUCGAAACAGAAAGUCAUCUCCUUUACAAUAUUCGGUCUCUGUGCCCCUAUCGGCGCUUACAUGGGCAUGAUUUUCGGCGCUCUCUUCACCAGAUUUGUGUCGUGGCGGUGGUCAUUUUACACUUUGGCUAUAGUUUGCACGGUUUUGGCCAUGAUCGCACACUUGGUACUAAUCUCUCCUCCACCAACUCCAAUGCAGAUGAAACCAACCAAGGACAAACUCCGCGACAUGGACUGGCUGGGUGCCAUCACUGGCGUGGGUGGACUAAUUUGCGUUCAAGUUGCCCUCGUGUCAGCCCCGGCAUCUGGGUGGAGCACUCAGUACAUCUUCAUGCUUCUUAUCGUCGGCGUUCUACUUAUCGCUUUCUUUCUCAUCACCGAGCUAAAGAUUGCAGAACAACCACUUGUGCCAUUUAAGAUGCUGCAGGCAGAUGUUGGCUUUGUUCUUGGCGCAGUGGCAUGCGGCUGGGCGAGCUUCGGUAUCUGGACCUGGUACUUAUGGAAAUUCCUCCUGAGCGUCAAGCACGACACUCCGUUGAACGCGGCUGUCCACGUCGUACCGAUUGUGCCCGUCGCACUUGUUGCGUCCAUCUUGACCGCUUGGAUGAUGCGACAUUGUAUGCCUGCCUGGACACUCUUUUGGGCUUUGGUGGCGUUCAUGCUUGGGCCCCUUCUCCUGGCUGUCGAUGCAAACAUUGAGAGAACUACAUACUGGAGUUGGACAUUCUGCUCCCUGCUGAUUAUGCCGUUGGGAAUGGACAUGAGUAUGCCGGCAGCCAGCUUCAUAAUGUCUAACUUCUUUCCUCCUCAACAACAGGGCAUAGCUGGGAGCCUUAUCAGCACUACCAUAAAUUACUCCAUCUCCCUUGGUCUCGGACUGGCUUCUACAGUUGAAGUGCACGUUAACAACCACGGUGAAGACCGUAUGGCUGGCAUUCGAGGCGGGUGGUUCAUGGGUGUCGGGUUAGGUGGUUUGGGUGUUGUCAUCUGCGUGGCCUUCGUCGUCAAGUCCCUCCGGUAUCCCACGCCUCAACCUCAGAGAGGUCCGCCGGGGCUUCCAAACGCACCACCCACAGGAGGUUCAUUACCAAUCCCGAUGACUCCUCACCGACAGUCGAAUUCUACACGUACCAAUACGGUCUCAAGCUCAGCAACCACCAUGGUUGGAGAUGGCCCUUGUAGCCCCAAAGGCGACACGGAGGCGUUCAAACCGUUUAACUUUGACACAACACCACUAAGAUCUCCAGUCACCCCGGGAGCGAUUUCACCCACAACAAUGGCACCAGACGACAAUGCUUCUGACUUGUUGCAAUUUUCUCCAACUUGGCCCAUGAACAUGACGCCUCUGAACACGUCCUAUCCAACCAGGUCGUUUUCAAAAGCACCAGGCUCAGGCGAUCAACAUCGUUAUCAUGCCAGCGGAAGCACGAUGGCAUCGCGGUCCCGGUCAAAUUCGCAAAGUCACCUAGCGUCACAUCCUGCGCAAUUCCCCAUUUCUCCCCCGCCACAGUCAAUACCACUACCAGCCGAAAUCGAGGCCGCCUAUCGUGGUCGUGGCAGCUGGGAAUCUGGGGAUGAUGAUCGUGAUCGAGAGGAUUCUUGGGUCCUCGGAAGACACGAGCGUGUCCCACAGGAACAAAUUAUUCGUCUAAGGUCUGCUUCAGUGUCUCACGGCAAGGACGCAGAUGGCUUUGAUCUGGAGAAGAAGGCUAAGAUGGUGACAAUCAUAACAGAUGGUAAGCUGCGAAAAUCUCACAAUGUGACACCCAUUUGA